GGCAGCCGGUCUGGACGCGGGCGCGGUGGGAGGGGCCGCCAGCCGGUCCCUGUGUUUCCUCUUUCCUUCUUGCGCGGCUCAGCCCUAGCGUGCCCCAGCUGAUGUGCGGCCGCAAGGGUGCCGGUGACUUCCGGGACCCGCUUGUGGAAGCGGUUCAGCGCGCUCCCGGGUGAAAGGUCCCUGACUACGCGAAGCAGAGCCUUUAGGGUUUGUUAAAGUGGAUGCCACAGCGCAGUCCCCUGAUGCAGUCUGAAUCUAGCCGGUGUGACGAGACUCCUUGCCUCUUGUGGGGUUUGGAUCCUGUGUUUGUAGCCUUUGCAAAACUCUACAUCAGGGAUAUCCUGGCCAUGAAGGAAUCCCGCCAAAUGCCAGGUAUCUUUUUAUACAAUGGGCAUCCAAUAAAACAAGUAGACAUCCUGGGAACCGUCAUUGCAAUGAAAGAAAGAGAUACUUUCUACAGUUACGGAGUGGAUGAUAGCACAGGAGUUAUAAACUGCAUCUGCUGGAAGAAGCCAAGCAGUGCCAAGUCUUCACCAGCUGCUCCAGGCUCAGCAAGAGAGCUCAGUGUGAUUUCGAAGCUUGAGAAGCUGCAAGAGACCAUCGAGCAGAGAAGCAGGGUAGAACUUGGGGAUGUUAUCCGAGUCAGAGGCUACCUCCGCACGUACAGGGAAGAGCGGGAAGUUCAUGCUACCACUUACUAUAAAGUGGAUGACCCGAUGUGGAACAUUCAAAUUACAAGAAUGCUUGAGCUGCCUGAUCUCUACAGGAGAGUAUAUGACCAGCCCUUCCACAGCCCGGCCUCAGAGCGAGAAGAGGCAAGCAGCAAUCCAGGUGCUCUGGACCUUGCCAGCCUCACACGUUUGCUGAGUGAAAAAGUGAGAGAGUUCCUCCUGGAAAAGAAAGUGCACACCUUCUACCAGCAGGAGUUGGAAGCGGUGGCCUCCCUGCUGUCCCUUGCCAAUCAGCCUGUGAUUCGUGGCAGCUGCUCCGACCAGAUGGAGUUUAAGAACACCACCACUUCCAAGGCCAUACAUCGCAUAUUUAAGAAUGCUAUACAGCUGCUGCAGGAAAAGGGACUCGUUUUCCAGAAGGAUGGUGGUUUUGACAACCUGUACUAUGUAACCAGAGAAGACCAGGACCUGCAUCGAAGGAUCCACCGGAUCAUUCAGGAAGACUGCCAGAAGCCGAAGCACAUGGAGAAGGGCUGUCACUUCCGGCACAUCUUGGCCUGUGCACACCUGAGCGUCCACCCAGGCCUGAGUGAGGCUGUGCUGCAGCAGGUGCUGGAGCUCCUGGAGGACCGGAGUGACAUCGUGGGCACGGCAGAGCGCUACUACAUGGCCUUCUGAGCAGAGGCCCGUGGAGCGGCCAGGACAAGAAGAGGAUGCACUUAGCCCCGGGCCUGCUGCGAACCUCGAGCCUGAGCUUGCACGUCUGAAGCAGCUGCCUCAUCAUAAACCACCAGCGACGGUCCCUCGGCAGUGAGACGGCAGUGACUCUGAUCUUAGUGGUGACACCCAAGGAAGCUCCUCACUGACCUCCUGGCUGGACUGGGCAUCUCCAGGAGCAGAACAGGAGGAAGUGCUGGUGGCUUCAUCCGUGUGUGGUCACUGACAUGGUAAAGGGACAUCUCAGGAACCGCAGAGCCUACGUCCCGGUCACACAGUUCUAAACACCCUAAGACCCGUGGGGGCUCGGCACCUCCCCAGGGUCUGAAGGCCCUCGGUGCAUUACCCGACACCGUGCCUGCCAGCAGUUCCCUGGCCGGCAAUGAAUGUUAUUCUCAAGGCUGCUGCUGAGUGCGCAGGAGGUGCCCGGACAGGUGCGGGCAUCAGGCUUUUGCUCUGAAUGACAAGGUAGAGAAAAACUACCUGAGGCACAUAGCAAGCUUGUUCUAACAGAAAAAUGACAAAUUCAGCCAGCAAAAAUAAAGUGUGCAGAAAGAUUUGGAGUUAAUUACAGUCAUUUCGCAGACGCGCGUCUGCCUUCGUCUGCUGCUCUGGCUCAGGGCGAUAGAGUCUCCGGCUCAGCUGAGCCCUGCAGGCCCGGAGCUUUCCGCCACGUGUGGACUUGGGCUUUUACUCUGAGGUCAGCCUCCUGGACGUGCAGGCCGAGUGCGGGUGUGGCAGACCACCUGACCCCUGAGUCUUUCUGACUUACCCACGGCUUCUAGGGCUGACUGCCUUCCUUACGUAAGCUCAGAGGGUUUUGGGGAGAGGACUAGGAUCAGAGCCAGCUGUGUUUUGCACAGAGUUUUACCGCGGUCCUCCCCACUUUUUGAGACAGGGUAGCUGGGGUUACAGGAGUGUGCCACCAUGCCUGGCUCAGCCUGGGGCCUGGAGGAACAUCCCAGCAGGCUUCCCUCAGGACCACCGGCUGACUGAGAUUGAAUCCAUCGUUGACUACAGGACUUCUAGGAGGGAGUCUGGAAUCAGAAGGAGAAAGGGCAGAUCCUGCCACAGAGCAGCCUCAUCCCAGGGUCUCACAUCACGGCUGUGAAAGUGAAAGCACAAGAUGCUCACUGCCGUGCAGUGCAGAAUUCUGCAGUCGGGGACAGUGUGUGAGGGACGUUAAUGAUAGUCCAAGUACAUAACGAAAUACUACACAGUCACUAACAGGAUGGCACUAUUGCCACGAGCCCUUCUCCCAGGAGAUGGAAGGGAAGAAAAGGGAGGCGGAGAGCUAUUGCCUUAAAUGCUGUGUGCAUACGCACCCCUGAGUAAUGUGUUUCUGUGUGUUUGUGCCUAAAUGUGGCGCCCUGGCUCGAGAGGGGCGGUGUACAAUGGAUGUGAAUGACAAUUCUUAUUCUUAAUGUAAAUCUGAAUGCAUCAGAGCCUUAAUCUGGGUACUGCACGCCAUGUAAUUCUGAGUCAUAGAGCAUUUAAAACUAUGUAACCAAACUAAUUGCCAGCGAGUCC